AUGUCCAAGAGUCGACCAAACUUCCUCAUCAUCCUAGCGGAUGAUCUCGGAUUCAGUGAUAUUGGUUGCUACGGCUCCGAAAUCAAGACGCCAAACAUCGAUUUGCUCGCAGCAGAGCAGAACAGUCUGCGGUUUACGUCUUUCCACGUAGCGGCAGCAUGCUCGCCAACAAGAUCAAUGCUCCUAUCUGGAGUAGAACAUCAUCUCACUGGACUUGGGCAGCUAGCGGAGCUUGUACGAAUGUCACCAGCACAUCAAGGCGCACCAGGUCACGAAGGCUAUCUGAACGACAAGAUCGUGACGUUGCCGCAGCUGCUGAGCGAUGCUGGUUACUUCACCUGCAUGUCCGGUAAAUGGCACCUCGGCUUGAGAAGGAGACAUUUCCCAGACAAGAAGGGCUUCCAGAAAAGUUUCGCUAUGCUUCAGGGUGCCUGCAAUCACUAUGCCUGGGAGCCAACAUACGAAGAUCCAAAUAUCAGCUAUGGCUUUAUGGAUGUGAAUACCGCACCUCAUGUUCAGAAUGGAGAGCAUGUUCGGGUUCCAGAAGACUUCUAUUCUUCGGACUACUAUGCCUCUAAGAUGAUCGAAAUUCUGUCUGAACGCUCAGAUGUCGAGAGGCAGAAGCCAUUCUUUGCGUAUCUGCCGUUCACUGCACCACACUGGCCACUUCAAGCACCAGAAGAAUCCGUGAAGCCUUAUCAUGGGAGGUACCAAGACGGACCGGCAGCUUUGCGCCUGGAACGCCUCGAGUAUUUGCGCAAGCUGGGUUUGAUUCCAGAGGAUGUGGUCGCUCACGAGGUCGUUGCUGUCCCAGGCGAACAGCCGGAAUGGGAUCAGUUAACGCCUGAAGAACAAGCGAAAUCGGCUCGUGCAAUGGAGACGUAUGCUGGAAUGGUCUCUAGAAUGGACGAAAAUAUCGGCAGAGUCAUCAAUCACCUUCAGGAAACCGGCGAGUAUGACAACACUUACAUCUUGUUCAUGAGUGACAACGGUGCCGAAGGCGCCAGCUUUGAAGCUCGACCCAUCGUCGGUCAAACAAUGAUGGAACACAUCAACAAAUACUAUGUCAACACGCUAGAGAACAUCGGAAGACCCAAUUCGUUCGUUUGGUACGGAACGCGAUGGGCACAAGCCGCAACGUCGCCUUCCAGACUGCACAAGAUGUUCGCAACCGAAGGCGGUUGUCGAGUCCCUCUGGUGCUCAAAGGUCCAAAGAAUGGACACCAACGACAUGACGCUUCAAUCACCGACGCCUUCUGCACGGUGCUCGAUUUGGUGCCUACGUUUCUUGAGGAGGCCGGCGUUCGUCAUCCAGGUGCGCAGUACCAUGGACGUAAUGUCCACGGUCUUGAUCCAAAUGCUCGAAGCUUGAUAACGUUCUUGUCGAAUCCAGAUAUCCGUCCUCCCGGUACAACUGCGGGAACUUCUUUCUAUGCUGUCCAUCCAGAGGAUACCGCCCACGGCUGGGAGAUGGCAGGAUCAGGCGGUUUGCGACGUGGGAGAUACAAGAUCACCUUUGUACCAAAGCCCAAAGGGCCACAGAAGUGGCAGCUCUACGACAUCAUUGCCGACCCAGGUGAAGUUACGGAUCUGCGAGACAAGAAUCCUGAGCUCUUCGAAGAGUUGCAUAAGCUAUGGCUGCAAUACAAGGAACGAGUCGGCGUUGUCGGUGUCGUUGGCGAGUUCGAUCCCAAGCAACGACCAGAGCCUGGUUUGACCGACGAGUUUGAGGACGAUACUCAAUGGAUCAGAUUCAUCGGGAAGAAAGAUAUGCCGGUGCCACAACGAUUCAAUCAGUAA